GUCACUGUUGUAAGUAUGGCUGUUCCAUCUCUGGAGGCUUCUGAUAACUCCAUGAAAGGCACAGAUGAUAUAACUAUUCCCUCAGCUGCGAUGGGUUUAAAGAGAAGAAAGGGAGGACGUUCACAUCUUGAUGAAAAUGAACUGAAACAUUCCUCACAAGAACAAGAAGACUCAUCAUCUCUUGAUUCUGGCUGUCCAGUUUCCUCCAUGAUGGAUCCUGAUGAUAAAACUAUCAUCACCAAGAAUACACCAGGUGUCAUGGAUGACAUCCUCCUUCCUUUGCCUCCAGAAAUGGAAAGAACACGCAGACAUUUCAGUUGUGGGGAUGUGUUUCUUCCUGACCCAACACAGCGUGGUUCGCUCCCUGAGAUACGAGUGUACACGGCAGAAAACCCGGAGAAACCCGAUAGUACAGAAACAGAGAACCCCAAAGCUGGUGAAAAAACCUCUCCCAGGUUAAAACUGAGAAGAGCCACCAUUUCGGUUUCUCCCAAACCAAAUAGAAGAUUUCCAUUGUCACUGGGAAAACACAAGAAGAAAGAGAAGAGGGUUUCUGUCGGAGCAAUUAGCACUCUUGCCAUGACAACUUCCAAUAUCCUUUCUCCUAUCAAGUCUAAACCAUUGAGAUAUGAACAGCUGGAUGGAGAAGAUGGCAUGCGGGUGAAAGACCUGGUUGCAGAUGCCAUCCUGGAGUACAGACUGACAGACUACCGAGUCACCAUGUCGUCCACCAAGGCCAUCCUCAACCCUGAUGCUAAUGCUCUUAUGUUGAGGGGAGAAGACAUACUUAUAGAGGACCUAUCAUCACACAUAGAAGCCAUCGAUCCCAGACUAGCUGGAGAUGCCAGAUUCCGAGUUGUUCACGAGUUGAUGGUGACUGAGAGGAACUACAUCGAUGCACUCAAGAGCAUCUUUGACAUCUACGCUGAACCACUAAGGAAAUUCUCAUCCCUGAGCCAGGAAGAUUACAAGGUGCUGUUUAGUGGACUUGAGCCUCUUCUGUCUCUAAGCAGGACUGUCUACAAAAAGCUAGAAGACAGUGUACCAACGUGGGACACGGAUCACACAGCAGUAGGAAACAUCUUCUCCAAGCAGCUGUGGUCCCAGUAUGAUGAGUACUACAUGAGUUACAAGGAGACAAGAAUGUUGCUGAGGCAGAAGAGAGAGACUGAUGAAGAAUUCCUAGAGUUCUGUAACAUACGACGAGGGGCUGCAAGACACUCCAUAGACUCCUUACUCCUUUUGCCGGUGCAGAGAGUUCCACAGUACAACAAGAUCCUCUCAGAUCUUCUCAAGGAAACUCCGUCAGACCAUCCUGACUUCGAUGACCUCACCAAGGCAGCAAACCGUGUCCAAAAGAUGGUGACAGAGAGAGAAGAGGAGGUCAACUUUGCAGAAAAUGAGAUGAAAAUGAUGCAGGUCCAAGAGCGCUUCCCCCAUGACGAUCUAGCUCUAUAUGAAAAAGAAAAACUUUCGAAGCCCAGAUCUCGCCUGAUGCGGCGUAAGUCAGCUCCGGCCCACGUUAUCCAGGGGCACCUUACAGGAGGGGGCCGCAAAAUAUCCUCCUCAGGAUCACUUCUUAGCCCCUCUAGCUUACCCAGCAGUGGCAGGGUCUCUCCUGUGGAAACCAGCCCCGUGUCCAGACAGAGACUGGGAACCAACAACAAUGCCAUCAACAGGCAGUACAUCAUGGAGGGACCUGUCCAGCUCACACAGGCGCUGCAGACACAGGACAGAUAUCUCUUCCUCUUCAGUGACAUCGUGCUGGUGGCAAAGCCAAAGUCUGCAAACACAUUUAAACUGAAGCACAGAGUACGUCUCAGUGAGAUGUGGCUCGCCACAUGCCUCGACGAGGUCUGUGAAACGACCAAAACGUUAGACAAGUCUUUUGUGAUCGGAUGGCCAACAACGAACACUGUGGCAACAUUCAGCACCCCUGAACUGAAGGAACUCUGGUGGGAUGCCUUGACGAAGUUGAUAGCAGAGGGGAAGUCAAAGGAGGAACCCAAGUCCGUGACUCUGAAGGUUGAGAACAGGGACAUCGAAUGCCCAGCAUAUUCCAAGUCCUUUUCCGUCAGCAACACAGACUCCGCCAGCAAUGUGGUGAAGAUGUCGCUUCAGCAGUUUGGGAUUACUGAUGAUGCCAGUAACUACAGACUAUGGGUGAAGUCUGGGAAAGACGAGGCGCCCUACCCGCUGAUCGGACACGAGAUCCCCUUCGCCAUCAAGAUGUCUCACCUGCGCGACGCAGCUGUGACAGCUGGGGACGAUCACCUGGUGCUGCUGGAUCAGGAGAUCAUGCCCAGCAUGGACCACCUGUCCCCCGAGACUCAGGUGCAGUUUGUACUGAGGGACAGCAGGAAGACCAAAAUUGUCAUGGAAGACAUCCCAAGUAAGAAGCUGAAGAGGUUCAAGAAGUCACCUAUCAUCAACUGGCCCUUCAAGCGCACCUCCAGCAAGUCCGAUAUGCCAGACUCGCCCACUACUGCAGAGGCCAGGGGAAAGUUGUUUGGCCACCCUCUGGAGAAAGUCUGUGUGGACGGCCAGCUCCCCAAACCCAUCAUGGACCUGCUGACCUGCCUGUUCCAGAACGGGCCGUACGUCACCGGAAUCUUCCGCAAGUCCGCCAACGCUCGCUGCUGCCGGGAGCUGAAGGAGAAACUGGACAAGGAGGCUGAGUACAACCUGAGCGAGUGCCCCAUCCAUGCUGUAGCAGCUGUGUUUAAGGACUACCUACGUAACCUGCCCCACAGUAUCCUGCACUGUGACCUGUACCAGGACUGGGUCGCCUGCAAUACAGAGCAGAACGUCUCAGCCAAGGUGUCUAUUGUCAGAAGAAUACUGGAGCAGCUGCCCACUGGUAACCUGAUGCUGCUGAGGUUCUUUGUGUGCAUCCUGCACCACAUUAGCCUGAAGAGCGACGAGAACAACAUGACUGCCUACAACCUGGCCAUCUGCAUCGCCCCCAGCAUGCUGAACCCCCCGCUGGAGGCCUGCGGAGACAUCCAGGCUGCUGCCACCAAACAGGUGCCAGAAGUGGUCCAGCUGCUGAUCGAGCACUGUAAGGACAUCUUCGGUGCAGACAUCACGACCAUAAUGGGAGAGGCACCACAAGACCCUGAUCACAAACUGCGCCAGGAUUCCAGCGGAGAUUCAGACUCCGUCAACAGCAUGCAGGACUGCACAGGAGUGAUGAGACGGGACGACUCCUCCCUGGACAGUCUGGAGCGAGAGCUGUACAUCUCUGAGAUGGAGUCCAGCCCGCGGGCGCAGCACGGCGACCAGUUCUCCCCGUCCAGCCUCAGCCGGGACUCCGGGCUCACGCUCAGCGACACCAACCUGUACCACCCGGAGGAAGAGCAUGCUGGGAGCUCCGACAAGUCGCGGUACGACCAGAAGUACCUGCAUGAGAGGUGCAACAGCGACAGCUCGCAGCACCAGAUGAGCAUGCACAGGGACUCGGUACUGGACAACAUGUCUCUGGGCUCCAGUUCAGGCUACUCCUCCCUGUCACACGACUCCACUCCAAUCCCUCCUCCCAGAAGGAACCGGAGAAAGUCUGAGCCGCCACCUCCACCCGCAAAGUUACUGAGAAUGAGGAAGAACUCUGACGAGAGGAUAAUUCCCGAGUACAUCAAGCAAAUCAAACAACUGCAGAUCGAAAGCCAGAAAAUGAUCAGCGAGACGGAGAUCUACUCCCCAGAAAAGGACGCUGUUCCUCACAGAAGGGUGACUGUGGCGGGCACUGUGGACCGACCAACAACAUUGGACUUGUUUAGAGAUGUCCGAAAGAGCAGUAACUCCUCGGACAUCUCCCCGUCAUCCGACAGCGUGUUUUCUGGAUCAGAGAACAACUCUCGCCGAUCCAGCGAUGCUUCGCUGCAGAGGGCCCUGGGUAAUCUCGUCACCGUGUCGCCCAGAGUUUCUGAGUCCCAUGCUCCUCCUGCACCGCCGCCAAGGAAGGAGGUGUCCGCGGAAGCCGUGAGGCUGAACAUUGCCCUCGGGCUCCACAACAAGAGGCCAUCUACAGACUAUGGUGUGCACGUUGCAUACUCUCGUCCUCACACUGCCACUCCUCCAGUCCCAAAGGCAGAGGAGGGGCCAUACUUUGCUUCUUCGCCCUCAAAGAUGUCAUCACGACAAGCUGAGACCCCGCCCAAGUCAUCUCCCAAGCUGGCAGCAAGGCCCACUCCAGCUAGCAGCCUCACCAACCUGAGGAAGGGCCCUCAUGCCUUGCUCAGAAGUAAAAGCUCGGGAACUCUGAUCACAACAGGUUUGGAGAUGUCCCUGGAAUCGCUCACAUCCAGUGAUAGCAACCUGCAGGUGUUUCACGCACGUAGCAGUUCUGAGAGCGACACGCUGGAUGAUAAGCCGUCCUCCCUCCGGCAGAGAACCUUCACCAGCCCCAUUCCAUUGGAUUUAAAAGAGCCGAAGGUUACCGCAGAACAGGUCUUUGAGGUUGUCGACAGGAAGAAACCGAACCUCCCGCCCUCGUACCAGGAGGCAGUGAGCCGCAGCCGUCAGUACCCCAUCUCUAGUGGCAUGCAGGGUCUCACAGUACAGACGGUGAAAACCAUGCGCAUGCAGAGACAGGACAAGACUGUUGAAACGUCAAACGAACCUGUCUGGAAGAAACAAAGCGAAACGGUGUGGGAAAAGCAGUCCAGCGAGUCAGGGCGAAGCAAACGCCAAAGUGAACCAGCAAGAAGUACCAAGCAGCCAACUGAACCCGCAAAAAGCAAGCAACAACCAGAACCAGUGUGGGAGAAACAGAGCAGUGUCCAGAAGGAAAUCAAAGAUGAGGAAAGUACGACAAACGGAACAAAGUCCACUGACAUCCUGUCGAGGCUACAACGUGGAGUUAACUUGACGAGAAGUAACAGUGACUCUGUUGACCACACACGGCCCUCAGUGUACGGUAUUGGUGGCAAGGCCAGCACCAGCAGCAAGCUGUUCCAGGACUCUGUCCCCAGGAAAGCUAUGCCUAUCAGUAAGAUUGAAGUAAACCCUGAGCAGAAGCCUGUGUGUAGUCUGCGCAGAACCAGCAGUGAGCUAGACCGGACAAUAGCCGUUCACAGGCAGCACUUCCAACUGCGGAGACAGCAGCUGUUUUAUGGUCACAACUCGCCAAUGAAGCCCAUGAGAAAGGAGAUGGACAUUCCUGUAACAGACACUUCAUUAGACAGACAAAGAAGAGGGUCAGCUCCUACUCCUGAGACCCAGCAGAGUAAAGACACUGUCACAGAAGUUGUCAGAAGCAGCUGCCCAAGCAAACUGCUUUCUUCAUCAUCGAAAACAGUUCCAGAGAGUCCGGGAGGUAUCAGUUCCUAUGACAUUGUUCAAGCCAUGACAUCUGCCAACUUUCUGUCCAUACAGAGGGGUCAGUCUAAGAGACAGAACAGCCAGGAGAGUCUGAAAAACGAUCAUACACAAGCUGAGGCAACGAGUGCCUCCGGGACCAAGUUCCAGUUCCCCUUCCCUGAUCCCAAGUCAGACCCCCCAUCCUCUAUGCUGUCACCAGAGGUGAAAAAUACCGUCAAGGACUACUUCCUCAGUAGUGACCCGAUUAAUGGACUGAAGCGAAGCAAAGAAACUGUCAGCGAAAUCACGAAGACGAAACAAGACUGGAACCAGAGAAAACGAGGCAACUUGGACUUUGCCGACUUGGACCAGAUGAUGUUUGCUGAGGAAUCUUAUGUGUAAAUACGGACAAAAUGAGAUGGACACUUUGAAAAGUGUUAGAACAUUUUCUGAUAUCUUAUUUUCUUGAGGAUUGCGAUAUCGGAUAUUGAAGGAGACAGACUCCUCUUAUUUCCUGAGAACCAAUUGUUGUACUACGUGCCAUAGGUCUGUUGCAAUCGGGCACAGGGCUCUACAUGUGGACAAGUGCUACAUUCAUCUGUAAAUACAUGAGCAGGCGUCCACAGCUGGGGACAAGUGUAAAUAGCAACAGCAUUCCACAUAUUUGUUCUGCUCUGGUCAUGUAGCCAGUGUACAUUCUGGAAAGAUUCGGAUGUCUGAAUGUUAUAAUGAUGGUUCCACUUCUGUAUUUCAGAGAAGUGAUUAAUGUUAUACGUAUAUGUAGAAAUAUUUGUGCCAGACUUGAUGUGGAGGAAUACUGUAACACAGCAUCGCUGUAAUGUAAAUAUGCAUUCCACAAAGUCCUUGUCAGUGCAAGCAUGGCUGGCAUAUGUGCAGUAAACAAGAAAUUCUCCGAAGUAAUUUAUAAAGUAUAGAGUUUGUAUGUUACGCUGACUGUUUAGCAGUAGGUAAUUUUAUUUCCAGUUCCUCAUCUGCAGUAUUUUGUCACUGUAAAAAGUUGUAGCUAGUUUUUUUUUUACUUUUUUAAAAGAUACAGUUUUACGUAUAGUCAGCUUUAGUUAUAUUGCUUCUUGUCUCACAAGAAAUGGCAAACUGUCCCAUCCCAAACUAUUCUCUGCCUUCUUUAUGCUAUUAUUAUCUAAAACCACAGCCUCUUGAGUCAAAUUGACUCUGUUCAGAACAACACUUAGUGUUUCUCUACAUACACAGUCGUAUGUAGAACAGCAGCUACAAAAUGUAUGUUCUGCAAAAAUGUGGAAAUCAAUGUUACCUUAAUUUUUUGCUUAUUUCAUUUUCUGCAUGUAGUUACAUGCCCUGGCCCUUACAGUUCAACUUUAGUUAUGGGCCUUCUGAGGUUUUAUUUAGUCUGUGGCCAGUAAAAGCUGCCAUGUGCUUGUAAUUAAAUCAUACUUAUGUACAUAUGCUAAGACUAUAGAGUACUAUGUUUUAUUCAUAUAUUUUCUUGUAUGGUCAAAGGCCAGGUGUCAAGUGGCAAAGUCUGUGCCAAUCCAGUCACCACUGUUUUCAUUUUGUCUUGUAACUGAUGAAGACCUAAGUCUUAUGUAACACACCCUCAGCCAGUCACAUUAACUAUUAGAUGUAUAAGUGUUCAUACAGCAUUUUGCAACAGUUACUUCUUAUGGUUAGUGUUGUUGCCACAGCUGUUAAGCCAAAUGCAUAUUUCUGUUGUAAAUAGAGAGCUGUUUUAUAUAGGUGUACCUGCUUGAUUUCUCAUGUUUAAUAUGUUUUCGGCUCCAACAGGGCCUUAUGUUACCUAAAAUGGUUCUAUCCUGUUUCUUUUCUGUUUCAUGUCAGAUCUUAUAGAAGCAUUAUUAAAGGAAAUACCUCAUUUUGACAGAAAA